AUGGGCGCGCAUCGUGCUAUGAUGAUUGGUCUCUGUCGCUCUGUUAUCCCCUCAGAUCUUCCGGAACUCACUAGUCUAGCUCACACCGAUCUUGAGCGAUUGUUAUCCACAACGCUACCCGUCCGCCGUCAAACGGAGAACGAGACUUGCCCAGCAAGUGUCGGUUCAUUCCCGAGCCCGACCUCUCCUUCUAUAUAUGAUCUGGAGAAGAGAAAUGCAUUCGUGAAGAGGGUUGGGACGCAGUUGACGUUGGCUGGUGAGCCUUUCAGAAUUGUUGGACCGAAUGUAUAUUGGCUUGGACUGGACGAGAAUGUCAUUCCCGACCCGGCAUAUCCAAGCAAACAACGGGUCGUCGAGAUCUUCGGCGUUGUAUCGGCCAUGCGUGGUACGGCAGUUCGCGGCCAUACGCUCGGAAUAUCAAUUGGAAACCCAUUGAGCGUCGAGCCUGAGCUGGACGUAUUCAACGAGUCGGCUUAUGAGUCAAUUGACUUCGCAAUCACGGUGGCGAGGGUUUAUGGUAUAAAGCUUCUUAUACCGCUAGUGGAUAACUACAAUUACUACCAUGGAGGAAAAUAUCAAUUCAUCGAAUGGGGAGGACACAACUUUUCUGGCACGGGAGCCGAUAUCACCCCUCCGGAUGUUGGAGCCUUCUUCUACAAUGAUACCAGUGUCGUGGAAAGCUUCAAGAGGUAUAUCACGCAGCAUCUCAAUCAUGUCAACCAGUUUACCAGCGUGGCGCUGAAGGAUGAUCCUACUAUCCUGGGUUGGGAGUCAGGCAAUGAGCUGUCUGGAGCAAGAUUCGGCGAUGGACCCGCCCCCGCGAAUUGGACGAAAGAAAUGGGCGAUUUAAUAAAGAGUUUAGCACCGAAUCAUCUCUUCCUGGAUGGCUCUUACGGGCUGUUCCCCGAAACUGGCCAGCUGGAGAACGAGGUCGUAGAUAUCUUUUCGAAUCACUACUACCCUCCGAACAUCACAAUUUUAGAAUCUGACUUGGCACUCACCAACGCCGUGAACCGCAAUUAUCUGGCAGGAGAGUUCGACUGGACCGGCGCGGGGGAUAACUUAACGACAUUCCUUCAGACUGUCGGGGACACCGGGACAGCAGGAGAUUUUUACUGGUCCUUAUUCGGGCACGAUGACCAGUGUUGUCAAUACGUCGAACACGACGACGGAGAGUCGUUCUACUACCUGCGGGACGAUGCUAAUUAUACUGCACAGGGUGCUAUUUUGAUCAAGCAUGCUUCCGACGUCAGUGGAUCUCAAGCUCCGGAGAUCUUACCAGAGGUUUCUUGCCCGCGGAUGUCUUCUCCAGCUUCUAUAAUUCCUCCGGUAGUCUUCAACCUGACCGCGCUGGGAUUACCUUGAAUCUUUUUGGUCCGAUGACAUGUAACAGGUUCAAACGUACGAUUAUAUUGCUGUGUGUACGGACUUCUUGCCUGCUCCGAGGGUGUUGGCCAAUCCAAAGCCAUCCGAUGGAGUUGGGCCACCCCGACUAUCUUGCC